ACAUCCCUACCACAGCUGUUGUUUAUGCCUCACUGACUGCGUCAUGGUCGAAACCCCGCCCCUUCCUUUCGUUGCUAUGGACUACAGAGGUAUGUGUUCUUAGUUUUGUCGCUUAGCUGUUUGAUGCUAGCGUUGUCUGCUUAUCAUGUGAUUUACUUGUUUCGUGUGACGUUGGGCCACCGAGACUGUGUGCAUGUGCGGAGUGCCGUCAAGGCUCCCAUCUGUGUAGCCUGGCAGUUUAAAGUAGUCCCGGUCGGAGCGCCAGCUGCUGCUGUCACAACUAUUAAAGAAGCCAUCAUAUGAUUUUCGUAUGUGCCAUCGUGAGUAUUAUGUCAUCGGAUCACGAUGUCUGUGGAGGUCAGCAAUCAGUACAGAUCCAGGGUGGUCCAUUGUAUCGUGUGAAAGGAUUUCCAAUGUCCAUCUCCUGUAAUGUUAGUGGCCUUCAGGAUUCAAGGACUCAAGAGUUUGCUUUUUCAGUCUAUAAACCAAAGAAACCCGAUGUUCAAAUCCAGAUUAUUAGCACUAAUGACCAAAACUAUGCUUAUGCAAUGUUCCGUAAUAGAGUGAUUGAGAAAAACAUUGUGAUUGAAAGGCUGUCAAGGACUUCAGUUCUCUUCCACAUUAAGUCCCUGGAAGCAGAAGAUUCUGGAAAAUAUGAAUGCUACACUCCAAAUACAGGUUUUUCAUAUUUUGGAAGCUACAGUGCAGAUACAACGCUGAAUGUGAUUGAGAAUACUCUGAUGGCUUCCUACACUGGACCCGCAUCUCAUAGCAUCACUGAGGGUGAAUCCCUUGAACUACGUUGCCUAGUCUCCAGUCAAACCUUCCAACACACUCAUCUGUCUGUCACGUGGUAUCUGCGUGGUAGCACUGACUCUUCAUUACCCAUCAUCAGUUUGGACCGAGAUUUAACUGUGAGGCCUGGGCCACUGUUUGAAGAUAGAUAUCAUUCUGGGGCUAUAGCUAUGGAGAAGAUAGAGGACACCAUCUACAGACUCAAAAUAAGUCAGGUAAAGCAGUCUGACAGUGGUGAGAUCUACUGCCAGGCUGAAGAGUGGAUCCAAGACCCAGAUUACUCUUGGUUUAGGGUUUGCCACAAGAACACCACAGCCUCCAACAUAGAGGUCAAAGCGCUAGAAACACCUGAUGUAGGGGGAUCUUUUGUUGCUCAAAUUCAGGUUCUGAAUGGGGACCUUGAGGAAGGAGACAUGUUGGAGAUCCACUGCAGCAUAGAUGCACAGAAUCUUCCUGGACAGCUCUUCUCCAUGACUUGGCUGAGAAACAACAUGGAAGUGGCUCAAAUUGGUCCCUCUGGCGUGCUGUCUGUAACUAACACCUAUGAGAAAAGAAACAAUGAUGGUGAGCUAAGAACUGUGAAGAGCAAGGAUCGAAACUUCGUUCUCACUAUCCAACCAGUCAGGGCUGAAGAUCAGGGCAUAUAUCAGUGUAGAGCUGUACAAGAGGAGAAGACUGAGACUGGGUCCUUCAUCAAAGGAAAAAAACAGCUAUCACGUGAAGAAACUGUGCACAUCAGAGCCAAAGAGAGUGGUUUGGCCGUGGCCAUGACAAAGCAGCUGGUUAAUGUGAAUGAAGGAGAAACACUACAAAUCGACUGCCGUGUCUCUGGAGCCAAAGGGCUGCUGUCUGUGUCAUGGCAGCACAAAAAACCCACAAGCAGCUCUUUCAGUGAUGUCAUAACCCUGAGUCGUGAGGGGGUGAUGGGAGAUGUAGGGGCUCAGUAUCAGCACAGGGGCUUACGCACAUUUCGUUCUAAUGUUGCUGAUUUCGUUCUGGAGUUAAGUGGAGCUCUUCUGUCUGACAGCGGGGAAUAUAUGUGCACCGUGUCUGAGUGGAGCAUGGAGAGCAAUGGCAACCUGAAGAAAGUGAACAGCCAAUCACAGCAAGGCCAGGUUUCUAUUAAUUCUAUUGAUUCUCUCAUUAAAGUGGGAUUGAAAAGUCGUGAUGUAAAUGUAAUCGAGAACUCGGUAAUAAAAAUGAUUUGCUCAGUAAAAGCCCCUAAAGUUUCCUUAGCUGUGACGUGGAAGUUUGAAUCACGUAAUUCGACUGUUGAGAAAAACAUUAUCUGUAUGGACCCUACUGGGGGAAUAUCCUGUGGAGCAGAUCAGCAGGACUAUCAGCUAGAUACUCGAGUGCAAGAAUCAGGCACAGAUUUUAUUCUCAAGGUGUUGAGAGCAAGUAAAUGGCAAGAGGGACGUUACACGUGUCAGAUUGAUGCAUAUGAAAAAAAUGUUCAGAAAACCAAGAAACUGUCCAAUCCACUGGCCGUCACUGUACGCAGACCUGACAGCAAACUGUCUGUCUCCACCACCCUUAAGUCUCCUCUGAAAAUCCAAGCCAACAGUGACAAAGUGAUUGAUUGCUUGGUGACCUCAGCAAGUUCUAAUUCUUCCCGUUUUGGAGUAACAUGGACACAUGGUACAGAGACUCUGCAGAAAAUGGACCCAGAAGGGGUGGUCACUCUGGAGAUGGACGAAAGGAUCAGCUUGAGAAGGACUACGAGACAGACCUUCCAAUUGAUGAUACAACAGGUGAAGUCAACAGACAGUGGACAAUACCGCUGCUCAGUACAGGAAUGGAUUCAAGACCCUGAUGGCAUCUGGUAUAGCCUUGAUACAAAGUCUGUCACCGUGGAACUAGAUGUCUUUGAAAAAGAAGGUGAUUUCAGCAUGGAUAAAUCUAAUGUUCAGCUAGAAGCCACGCAGGGAGAAGAGGUGAAACUAAGCUGCUCACUGGGGCUUGGUGGACUUGACCCCGCAUUUCGGUACUCUCUGAGCUGGUUCUUUCAAAGACAAGAUCAGAGUUUGUCCACCGUUAAGCUGCUUACCUACAGCCAUGACGGACGUCUGCAGUUCCAAGAAUCUGAUCCAGAACUUCAACAUAGACUUUAUUUCACCAGACCCACUAUUAAUGACUUCCAUCUGUCCAUCUUGAACUCCAUCCCAUCUGACAGUGGAAGCUAUUACUGUCAGGUAGAUCAAUAUCAGGCUGAUUGUAAAAGCAAAUGGGAAAGGAAGGCGAGCGACAAAUCAGGUUUUACCAAUCUCAGUGUACAUUUUAUAGAGAGUAAGCUGAAAGUACACAAAGCCAGCCACUUUUUAAACGUUAGUGAUAUUCAGACCGGCUUUGUUGUGGAGUGCGAGAUCAGCUCCCACUCCAGUGAUAAGUCUGUGUUUGAAGUGACCUGGUCCAGGAAGCAGAGAGAUGAGCGGCCUCUGACUAUUUUCACUGCAAGACGAGAUGGCACUCUAGACAGCAAGAUCCUUGAUAGAACGCUGGUAUUUGAUCGGCCCAGUACUACCCGUUACACACUCACUUUCCCCAAUGUCGAUCCCUCUGAUAACGGCCAGUACCAGUGUCAGGUUGUGGAAUGGAUACAGACAGCUGCUAACAUCUGGAGCAAAGUGGCGGAAGACAAAUCAGGAGAACUUUCUAUCAAUGUAGCGGUCGAGUCCAAAACAAAUGAAGGCGUUUUCACUUUGGAGACACCUGUCACUCAUCAGAACUUCACAGAGGGAGAGCAGUUGGACAUUAGUUGUUCUAUUAAUUUUGAUCAAAUGGACUCCACCUUCCACUACACUCUCAGCUGGUUUGUGGAGAAGCAGGGCUCAAGUGCCAGCACUUUUUUACUGAGCCAUAGCUAUCAUGGCCAUUUACGAUACCAAUCAGAGAACCAGCAGCUCAAGGGCAGGCUACUCUUUUCCAGGCCCACAGCCAAAAUCUUUCAUCUCACUAUUUUGAAUUUGGAUCCGUCUGAUAGCGGAAACUACCAAUGCAGGGUUGAACAGUACCAGCUGGACUGUGAAGGCAAGUGGGAAAAGAAGGGGUCUCCACAACUGGUUUCAACUAUGGUCAAUGUGCACGAAAUAGAGAGUAAGCUGCAAGUACGCAAAGGCAAUCACUUUCUCAACGUUAGUGAUAUUCAGACCGGCUUUGUUGUGGAGUGCGAGAUCAGCUCCCGCUCCAGUGAUAAGUCUGUGUUUGAAGUGACCUGGUCCAGGAAGCAGAGUGAUGAUCGGCCUCUGACUAUUUUCACUGCAAGACGAGAUGGCACUCUAGACAGCGAGAUCCUUGAUAGAACGCUGGUAUUUGAUCGCCCCAGUACUACCCGUUACACACUCACUUUCCCCAAUGUCGAUCCCUCUGAUAACGGCCAGUACCAGUGUCAGGUUGUGGAAUGGAUACACACAGCUGCAAACACCUGGAGGAAGGUGGCUGAAGACAAAUCAGGAGUACUUUCUAUCAAUGUCCAUGCUCAUGCCGAAGGUGUUUCAUAUGAAAAUGUAUGUUCUUCUGGAGUAAUACUGGGCAUCCUCGUUCCUCUGCUUUGCAUCCUGCUUAUGGUUAUCAUAAUUCUCCUGAUUAAAGCUCAGAAGACAAAGUCCAUUUCAAAAAAACAGAAGGACUCUCUUUGGGUUGAGAAUACCCCGCUCAAGGCUAUGACGGAAACAGGUAAUAAUGACGGUGCCUGAAGCUAACCAAGUCACAUGUUCACUGAUGCACUAGCAGUGGUUUUUUUUUAGCAGUAGAAAAGUGUUUGUGUCCAUGCUAUGUUAAAUGGGAGUUAAGACAGUGAAACAUCUGCCUUCUAGAAUAACAAGUGAUGUCGUGAAUAAGGGCAUUUUUCUCAAUGUGAAAAAGCAUAUCAACGAGCAUGUCUCAAAGACUGAUAAGAGUAACAUAUGCACUUUGUUUACACCUUAAAAAGUUAAAAAAAAAAAAAUAAAUAAAUAAAUCAUUUUGAGCGUUACCAUUAUAACGAGUUUUCGAUUCACAAAGUGCACCAUAGGGUGAUGGCAGCAAUCAAUCAUCUAUAAGGAGUAACGUUAUAUGGUGUGAAGCUUUAUAAUGAAUAAAAAAUGCUUUUAACUUUCAUCGUGUAGUAGUAUUAUAAUACGUUACGACUUCAAACUAGGCUUAUUAAGCGCUACGAUUCUAUUCCUGUGUAUGAUUUUAUCUGAGUGUCAGUGGAACGACUAAUUAAAUUUAAAUGUGUCAGACAGCUGUAAUUGUCACACCGCCUUGUAGAAAGGGAAGUUAGUUUUUGUGGUAAUGUGUGCUGAGCAAGUGUUCUGUAACGUCUUGUGGUCUUUGACUUUCACGUAGGCAGUACAACAAACACACAAUGAGGAAGGAAAAAAAAAACUUGCUUCAACAAAAUAUAUCUACGUGCGUCUUUGCUUUGGAUAAAUGAAGUUAAUGCAUUAAUAGCUGGUAUAUCUGUGAUCUGGAAAAUGUAUGGUGUACAUUCAGUUUGUUUUAGAGGGGUGUGUGUGUGUGUGUGUGUGUGUGUAAACAGAGUAUCCUUUUUAAUGGAAGGGGUUUAAAGGUUUUGUUGUGUACAUGGAUUUUAGUGAUUCUCUAGAAGCCUUCAUUUCUGUAUAAUUGUUUCUCUGCAGUCUUUUGCUUUUUAUAAUGCACCAUGUGAUUAAGUAAUUAUGAGUCACAAGAGUUUUUCAUUAAAAAGUGUACUUCCAGACUGAAUAAUAUACCAACCUGGCUAUUUAUGAAAUGUCUAGAGGAAAUGUUUUUGAAAAUAAAAGCUCGCUGUGAGCAUUCUUCCUGG